AUGCGACGGGUGCGCGCCUACGUGGACAAGGUGUGGCCCCUGUGGGCCGCGCUCACCGCCCACCUGCACGCCCCCGCGCCCGCCCCGCCCGCGCCCGCGCACCCGCCCUGGCUGCGCGACGAGCUGGUUCGCCUCUUCGACGGCGACCUGCGCGGGAGUGUGCAGCCCCAAGGGCACGCCCCCGUGGACGAUGCUGCUGAGCACAGAGGCCCUCUGCAGCUGUUCCAGUCAGUGAGCGCCACACCUCUGCUCAUCGCCUUUCCCAGGCAGCCCUCUGCGCCCUCUAACCAACAGCCCCAGCCACAAGUGCCCAGAGGGGACAAUGGCAGCACCUCAGCUCUAAAUGGAAUUCCCCUUUUCCAACAACCGCGAGCCAAUCCACAGACUCAACGUUCCCUCCCCAACAACAUGUGGCAGCGUCAGAUUCGCAAGGACUUUCACGAUGCCCUGCGCCUUGCCAGUUCCAGCUCUGCUUCUGGAAACAAUAUGGCUCCCUCCACCACUGCAGCGGCAGCCAUCUUCAUCUCUGGUCCUGCAGUGGCUCCUCGAGUGGACCUACCCAUCCACAGCUAUGUGUACCGUAACCCUUACUCUCUACAACAGUCCCAA